CUUUAAUUUUUUUAAUUUCGUUUCCAUAAUUUAUUUUGUUUGUUCAUUUAUUAUUACCGUAUCCUUAAAAACUACUUAUUUCUGGUUGAUGCAAAUCAAGGUGGAGAUAGGGGAGAGUAAAGAUCUUAUUGCAUUCUCUAUCAGGAUUCAGGAAAGAUUUAACUGUUGUGAGUGAAAUGGGAACUCUUGGAAACACCUUUUUAUCAUCCAUUCCAACAAUUUCUUCACUUGAAAAUGGCAUUAAUAACAGUAAAUUGAUCACCAAUUUCACUACUAUUUCAAAUCGGAAAAGUGGGAUUUGCUGCAAAUUAUCUAGUGAUGGGUUUGAAGAAACUUCCUUGAGUAAUUCCAUAUUCACAAAACCCAAGAAAAAUAGGAUGGAAGAGUACAAUAUUGCAAUGAAGAAAUUGAUGAGGAACCCAUAUGAGUAUCAUCAUGAUCUUGGAAUGAACUGCACUUUGAUACUUGAUAACUUGAUUGUCGGCUCACAGCCUCAAAAGCCAGAAGAUAUCGAUCAUCUAAAGUUGAAUGAGAAUGUGGCAUAUAUCCUCAACUUGCAGCAGGACAAAGACAUUGAGUAUUGGGAAAUCGACUUUGAUUCCAUAUUGAAGCGUUGUGAAAAAAUCGGGAUAUGUCACAUGAGAAGGCCUGCUAAAGAUUUUGAUCCCGAUUCUUUGAGAACCAUGUUGCCUAGAGCUGUUUCGGCAUUGGAAUGGGCUAUUUCAAAGGAAAAAGGAAGGGUAUAUGUUCAUUGUACUGCUGGACUUGGGAGAGCUCCUGCUGUUGCAAUUGCUUAUAUGUUCUGGUUCUGUGGCAUGGAUCUGAAUGAGGCAUAUGAUAAACUUACUUCAAAAAGACCUUGUGGACCUAACAAAAGAGCAAUACGUGGAGCUACGUAUGAUCUUGCGAAAAACGAUCCCUGGAAGGAGCCAUUCGAGAGUCUUCCGGAACAUGCUUUUGAAAAUGUAGCCGAUUGGGAAAGGAAGCUGAUUCAGGAACGUGUGCGUGCCCUUCGAAGAACAUAGCAAUGUCAAACAGAAUUGGCAGCUGGUGAGAAGUGUGCUGGAAAGAUCAGUAAUGCUGUUAAGUCAUCGAAAGAAUUCAGCGCGCGCUCCUCCUAAGGUUAUAACGCGGAAUAAUCAUAAAGAUCUUGCAUUUUUCAGGUGGUGGUGGUAAGGUGGUCCUCUACAGCCUUGGAGUAUGGCAUGGAAAUAUAAAAAUAAAAGGGGAAUAGUAAUACUGUAAUAGGAUGGAGGAGGUGAGUGGUGACUAAGCCUUCCAUUCUGCUGUAAUGUGAAAUUAUGUAUAAGCUCGUCCUGGAAACAUAACUUAUGGUUUUUAAGCUUCAGAAAACUCGAUUCUCAGAGGAAUGUACGUUGAUUGUGAAGUCCAAAAAUAAUCACUCAA